AUGUCUUCCUAUGACCUGUGUUCUCCCACCUCCUGCGGCCCAACCCCGCUGGCCAACAGCUGCAACGAGCCCUGUGUCAGGCAGUGCCAGGACUCAACGUACGUGAUCCAACCCCCUCCCGUGGUGGUGACGCUGCCUGGACCCAUCCUCAGCUCCUUCCCCCAAAAUACCACGGUGGGCUCCUCCGCAUCUGCAGCUGUUGGGAGCGCUCUCAAUGCUGAGGGAGUGCCCAUCUGCUCCGGCAGCUCCUCAGGGUUGGGGAGCUUUGGUUAUCCAGGCGUGGGCAGCGGGUACAGCCGGUCCUACCGCCGCUACAACACCUACCGCAGCAGCUUUGGUGAGCCAUGCUAA